CUCAGCUUCCUUCUCCAGCACUUAAACCAACUAACACCCUAGCAAGAGCACCAAACCUACUUCGCAAUCUCUUGUCUUAGCUAGCUAAUAUAUUUGGUCUUUCACUUAAAAGAAAAGGAAAGAGUAGAAGAAAAAAUACAAAUAUUAUAUUAUAUGAAGGCAUUGGGACCAAAAGCAAUCAUUUCAAGUUUGAUCAGUUUGUAUAGCUAAAGUGGGCAAUAGCUGUUAGGUUAUUAAAACUCACCUUCCCUAGCCCUAUUGCCCAAUCUUCUUUCAUAUAUAUGCUUCAAAUGAUGUUCUCUUUUCUUAUUUAUAGAAAUAUAUACCAUUAGAUUCAGAAUAGCUAUAACAAGCAAAUAAGGCCUUGAAGAAAAUGAGUACAGCAAGAUUUAUCAAAUGUGUUACUGUGGGAGAUGGGGCUGUGGGAAAGACAUGUAUGCUCAUUUCUUAUACAAGCAAUACAUUUCCAACGGAUUACGUUCCCACAGUGUUUGACAACUUCAGUGCCAAUGUGGUAGUUGAUGGUAGCAUUGUGAACCUCGGCCUAUGGGAUACUGCAGGACAAGAAGAUUACAACAGGCUAAGGCCAUUAAGCUACAGAGGAGCAGAUGUGUUUCUGUUGGCCUUUUCUCUGAUCAGCAAAGCCAGUUAUGAAAACAUUUCCAAAAAGUGGAUUCCAGAGCUUCGACAUUAUGCGCAAAACGUGCCAAUUGUACUUGUGGGAACAAAACUUGAUUUGAGAGAUGACAAGCAAUAUAUUCUUGAUAAUCCUGGGACAGCAGUAAUAACAACGGCACAGGGAGAAGAAUUAAAGAAAUCGAUUGGUGCCGUCAUGUACAUUGAGUGCAGCUCAAAGACUCAGCAGAAUGUGAAGUCGGUUUUCGAUGCUGCAAUAAAGGUGGCUUUGCGGCCACCAAAACCGAAGAAAAAGCAAUGCAAACAAAGAUCCUGCUCCUUCCUCUAAAUUCCAAUCAUCGACGUUAACAUUCAAAUCAUUAUAAUAUUAAUUUCUUCUUUAUAUAAAAAGAUAUAUAUAUAUAUACCUAA